CAAAAGAAAAAGAGAACACAAUUUGGAACCGCGAAUAAUCUAAGUGACUCUUCAUUCUUCAACAAAGCCAUUUUAUAUUUAUAUAUUCUCCACCGAACCCCCUACUCUCUGACCAUCCUCCUCAAAUCACACCCCCUAUCUCCGACCGAUUCAAUCCAACGGUCGAUAUGGCUUUAUCACACCUUACUUCGUCAUCAAGAUCCAAUCUCCUUAAAUCCCUCACCACCACCACCACCGCCGCCGCCGCGGCGUUCACUCUCCGCCGUCCGAUCUCGACCUCUUCGGAUCCCCUCACAAUCGAGACCUCCGUUCCCUUCACACCUCACAGAUGCGAACCUCCAUCGCGCAACGUCGACACCACUCCCCAGGAGCUACUCUCCUUUUUCCGUGACAUGGCCACGAUGCGUCGUAUGGAGAUAGCCGCCGAUUCUCUCUACAAGGCGAAACUAAUUCGUGGAUUCUGCCAUCUCUACGAUGGUCAAGAAGCAGUAGCCGUGGGGAUGGAAGCUGCAAUUACGAAAAAGGACUGCAUCAUAACGGCGUACAGAGAUCACUGCACGUUUGUGGGGCGGGGUGGGACCAUGUUACAGGUGUUUGCGGAGCUGAUGGGAAGAAAGGAUGGGUGUUCGAGAGGAAAAGGUGGGUCUAUGCAUUUUUAUAAGAAGGAAGCCGGAUUUUAUGGAGGGCAUGGGAUAGUUGGAGCUCAGAUUCCGUUAGGUUGUGGAUUGGCGUUUGCUCAGAAGUAUAAUAAGGAUGAGACGGUGACAUUUGCGCUUUAUGGCGAUGGUGCUGCUAAUCAAGGACAGCUCUUUGAGGCUCUUAAUAUUUCUGCUCUUUGGGAUCUCCCUGUUAUUUUGGUUUGCGAGAAUAAUCACUAUGGUAUGGGAACAGCAGAGUGGAGGGCUGCUAAGAGUCCGGCUUAUUACAAGCGUGGUGAUUAUGUUCCUGGAUUGAAGGUAGAUGGUAUGGAUGUUCUUGCUGUGAAACAGGCAUGCAAAUUUGCAAAGGAGUUUGUCUUGAAGAAUGGUCCACUUAUACUUGAAAUGGAUACCUACAGGUAUCAUGGUCACUCCAUGUCUGAUCCUGGCAGCACCUACCGUACUCGUGAUGAGAUUAGUGGUGUGAGACAGGAACGUGACCCCAUUGAAAGAAUCAGAAAGGUGAUAUUAGCUCAUGAUCUAGCUACCGAGAAAGAGCUAAAGGAUAUGGAGAAAGAAAUAAGAAAAGAAAUAGACGAUGCUAUUGCUCAAGCCAAGGAAAGCCCAAUGCCAGAACCAUCAGAACUUUUCACAAAUGUGUAUGUCAAAGGUCUGGGAACUGAGUCAUUUGGAGCAGAUAGGAAAGAAGUUAGAGCUGUGCUUCCAUAAACUAACAUUUGGGAUAAGCUUCCAACAAACCCCACUCAUUAUCCACAGAAGUCAUCCCAAAAUGAUAGCAAAUAAAUGUUAGUGAAGAUGGUGAUCUCUUCCCGGCAAUGAUUUUUUUUUUUUUUUUUUUGGUUUUCUGUAUAGAAUUCUGAUUCUUCUCAAGUUGUGGGGCAGAAUUCCUGCAUUUUGUUUGUGUAUUUUUCUUUUGAGGAGCUGCGAUUUGAUACAUCUGUGAUCAUCAAUUGAAUAGGCUGCAAGUGCUCUGGAACUGGAACACAAUAUAUUCAUUUUCUUGAUAUGCCAAAUAGUUCUAACUGUUCUGCUAUCA